CGAUGGGCAGAGCAUGGUAGACCGUCGCGGAGUGGAACGCUUUUUCGCGCGAGUUUGGAGUGACGUAAAAAGGGAUUUUGGCUUCGCGCAACGGCAGCCCGAUUUCUUGGAUGCGCUGGACGCGCGGCUGCGGUUGCAAGGUUACCACCCUGGCAUCAGAUGCGUCGUGGUAGGGCUGGGCUUCGCUGCGUCAUACGCCAUCUUCUGCAUUUUCUUUUGCACAAGAGAGAUCCAGAAUUUGGUUUACUUAUUGUGGCUUGGAGGGCUGCUACACCAAGUCGUGAACCGCCCGCGAGGCGUCCCUGUGCAGUGGACCAGACUCCUCGUCGCCGCCGCGAUUCCCGCCAUUAAUCUUUUUGGACAGUGGCACGAGCGGAUACGAAAUGGAGGCGGUUGAACCUGCCACCUGAUUUCAACGCAAUGCGCUCAAGUGUCGCGAUGAGCGCCGUCGUCGCGCUCGCGGCCGCCAAAAGCCUUAGCGUGGGCGUCUGCUGGACGCGGAACGAAGUACCGCAGUAUAAGGAGCAGGCCUGCCGCCACGGCCACGUCCCCGACGCCCUGGCGCCCUGGGCGCCCCUGCGGGCCUCGGCGAUCACUCUGAAAACCUUCCACCCUGCGGUCAAGACAUGCCUGUUCACGGACGCGCCAGCGACCGCGGUGCGCGACGCCAUGGCGGACUUGCACAGAUGCGGCUUCCGCAAGGAUCCCGGCUCACUGGAUCUCUUCGACGAGAUCAUCGCGCAGGAGCCCUUCGAGGCCCUCCACGCGCUCACAAACUUUGAGAAGCAGGUGCGGGGCCACGCCGUGAUCCGCUUCGACGACGUCUGGGUCAAGUUCCGCUCACGAUUAAUGCGGAUGCGCAACCUGGCGCGCGUGCCCUUCGACGUCACGCUGGCUGUCGACGACGACACCGUGUUCUGCCCGACCGACGAUCUCGAAGAUAAGCUAAGGGCGCUGGCGACGCGUACCGUGCGCUUCGUGCCGGAGUCCAUGGCCAAGGGCAAGAGCUACGAAGGCGCCCUCGAGGAAGCGGGUCGGCUCCGGGCCGCGCGGAAUUCCGGCAACGUAACGUGGGAGGCCGGCGCCGGCGCGUGCCCGUCGCUGGCGACGCACGGGCACGUGCAGGGGCUGCAGGGCGGCGCCGCUUUACUAAAGCGCGGGCCGGGGCUCGACGCGUUCGUGGACGCCUGGUUCGGCGCCUAUGUGUACUACUACGACAAGGAACUCAAGUCGCCCGCCUGGGGCCAUGAUACUCAACUAGGGGCCGACCAGCCCCCGCUCCGCGAAGUCGCGAAGGAGCGCUGCCGCGGCUCGAACGCGACGUGGACCAUCGGCGCGCUGCCGGCGAAUUACAACGUGCGCUUCCUACAUCCGCCGACCGACGGAGACCUGGUGCUGAAGCGCGGCUCCGCGAACGUGUCGGAUUCGUUGUAUGGCGCCCUCGACGGGCCCGCGGUCGUGCUCCACAGCCACUUCUACUUGCAUUGGAUGAGUAAAUCGACGCGGGGACUCGUCGCCCAGACCCGCCAGGCCUGCGGCGUUUUGAACCAAAACAGUCGCCUGCGUAUCUUCGCAAAUGGGCGCGUCGAAGUCCUAAGUUAA